AUGUGCAAAGAAGCAGACGAAACUCCAAAGCAAGAGAAGAAGCCAGCCUCACAGCCAAAGGCAGAGUCUAAGCCAGAACCAAAGCCAGAGCCAAAACCAGAACCAAAGGAAGAAACACCAGCUCCACCACCAGCCCCAGCUCCAACUCCAGUUCCUCCACCACCAGUUGUUCCAGCUCCAGCACAGCCAGCUCCACCGCCACCAGCUGAUAACAGUGAUUCAGACGUCUCAACAACAUCUACAUCAUCACCAACAUCAACAACCUCAUCAUCUUCAUACUCAUACACCUCAUCAUCUUCUUCCUCAAGCUAA